GUUUGGUACAACAAUUAUUCACAUUGCCUUUCGCCUCGACAUUUUCAAGUGUCUGGAUAUUUGUCAGAAUUUUAUUGUUUUCUAAAUUACUCGUAUACAUUUAAUUGUCGGAUUAUACUCUACUCAAAUUCAUUGAAAUAAACAAGUACAAAAACUUAUUUGUAAACAUUUAUAUACAUUUACUGCCUGCUUACAAAAUCAGCAUAAAACAACAUAGAUAAAUGAAAAUAGAAAUUUUAUUGAUUGAAUCAUUGAUAUAACAAGCAAGUAGGGGAGAACAAGAAUAUAAGCUUGUGAAAACUCUUCAUCCUCUGGAUUACUGACCAAUCACAUUGUUUUUAAUGAUCAAACAGUAAACACAAUCACAACACAACUAUCAUGGUUGGGAAUGGAACAGGGCAAACCCUUGAAGAUGCAUAUAUACAGUGGUUGAAUGAUCACUUAACCAAAGCCACACCACCACUACUUAUAUGUGAUUUAACUGAAGAGAAUAUCUGUAAUGGUGUUGCGAUUGGAUUACUUUUAGGCGUUAUUGGUGGAAUCAAAAUUGAAGGUCUCCUCUUACAACCGAUUACUAUUGUUGAACGAUUACAUAAUAUUCAUGAAGUUUUCAGUGUGUUAAGACAGCUGAAUGUGAAGCUUAAUAAUAUUCAACCAGAAGAAAUAAUGGGUGGUGAUAAGGAUACAGUACUUCAAUUGCUUAUUGCUAUUAAUGACCAUUUUACACCGAAAGCCAAAUGUCGUAAACACUUUCUAAGUCAUGAAAGUGAUUAUAAAAUUGAUUCUAGUGGGCGUACAUCAGUAUGGAGUGCUAUGAAUGGUUCAACAGCCUGUACUACACCAAUCAAUCGAUCACAGUUCAUCACUACUACUACCGUGACUACUACAAAUGGUCAUAAUGAGAACGGAAUAAUAAUGAGCUAUGAAUCACAAAAGAAUUUAUUACAUUCAACAAAUGGUAUCAACACCAUGCACACCAGUGAUACACAAUGGUCAGACUCAAAUGAUAAUCUUAUUGAUACGCAUAAAACAUCCUCUAAUCAGUCAUUAGUUGUAACACCAACACCAUCAGAAAUGUCUGAAUCAAUAAAUCCCAGAGCAAGAUGCACAGUAUACAGGACAAAAUCAUAUCCAUUAUCACCUAGAUCUUCAAUGGUGAAGAGAGAAUCGUCUAUUUCAACAGCACCAAUCAAUAUAAGAUCAGCACUUCCACGUGGUUAUUAUCCCUCGAGUACAUCUUCUUUACCACGCAAUACUAAAUCAAGUUAUCAUGAUCAAAAUACAAGAAAUAGACGAGGCAGUAUUAAUCCUGUAGAAGUUCCACAACUUUAUGAUUCAAUGAAUGAAAUACAACAUUUAAGAUCACAGUUGAAUAUGCUAUCAAAACUUAUCGAAUCAGAUGGUUCUAAUGCGAAUCGAACACCUCCAGCAUUCCGUGCUACAGCAUCAAAGAGUACACAAACGGAACUUGGAUAUCUACUUGAUCGUCAUACGAAAAAAUCCACUGCUGAAAUUACCGAAUUAAAAGGCAUCAUUAAGAUAAAAGAAGAAACUAUUAAACUAUUAGAGGAAGAGAAUGCACGACUGAGUGAUUCAUUGAAAUCAAUUCUUCAUAAUAUGAAUAAACCGAAUAAUCUAGACAAAAAUACAAUGUCCAAUAAUUUGAAUAAGACUAACCAAAAUCAAUUGGAUGCAUAUGAGCAGAAAAUAAACAGAUCAAUAACAAAUAGUCAAACAAAGCCCUAUGACUCUCCUCGUCAUUCACAUCCAUAUAAUCUUCAUGAACAGCAGCAGCAACAACAACAACAAUUCCGCCAAAAUCAGCAAAGAUAUCAACAACCACAUCGUCAAACAUAUACACCUGUCAAUCAGUCUCCUCCGGUGACAAUAUCACAUUCUCCAUCACAAAAAUGUUAUAUGAUGCGAUCGUAUACGAGUGAAAGUUCACCGAAUACAAAUACCAAUCCUAGUCCUUAUGGACUUGAUAUUUCCAGUAGUUCACCUCCAUUUACAUCAUCACCAAUAAAUAGACAAAGUAGUCCUGAUAAAUAUAGCAGUAAUAGUAAUAUUAGACGUCAACUCUCUCCAACUGGUAAACGUUUCCCGUAUUAUCAACCCUAUAUACAUUCAUUGAUGCAUCCGAAUCAGACAUCAAAAUAUGAUAAAAAUAAAAAUUCUAAUGAUUUGAAAGGAAUAGGUUAUAGCUUGACAGCAGCCCAAUCGCAAAUAGUAAAAAGUCCAACACAAAGACUUCUAAUGCAAUCUAUCAUGGCCAACUCACCCUAUUCAUUUUGUAAAUCAGAAAUGAAUUGAAUUCCGUCCACUACUGAGUAUAUGCGUGUGAAAAGAGUUUGCCCAGCAGCGGUUAUUAAUCGGAGAUAUGUUAUCCUAGCAUCAAUACUCUAAUGGUGACAACAGUGACCACUCUUCACAUGUCAGUAAGCAAUGCAUAAAUAUGUUUUAUCCAACACACAAGAUAGAAUCAUUUGAAAGAGUAACAGUUAAAUAAGCGAGCAAACAAGUAAGCCCAGUCAGUAACUAACAAAGCAACGUUUGUAUUUCAGAGAAGGUUUUCAAAAAUUAAAUUACAUUAAUUGAUCAAAUCAAAUGGCCUUCUUUUCCCUUAUUUCCACCUUUUUAUUUUAUAUAAAGUAUAUUAAAUGGCUUUUAUUCUCUUUUUGUUCACUUAGUUUAUACCACAUUUUUUAAUCUCUCUCUCUAACCAAUACCUCUUGAACAACAAGUCCUUCUACUGCUAUUAAUUUUUGACUACUUAUAAUAAUAACAGUAGUGUAGCAUAAAUACCUUAAAGUAUUUUCGCACUUAAUGACAUUUAAUCAACUCUAUUACCUCUAGUGUGAUGAUGACACGUGUGUGUUGUGUUUGCUUGUGUGCUGAGCUUGUCGUCAGUUCAACAAAAAAAUAUUUCGAAAUUUUGUUUCCUCCUUACCUAACCAUUUUUAAACACUACCUAAAGAAGGUUGGGAGUGCUAAUCUGUGAUAACAGAAAAACAUUAAUAAAAGUGUGUACAAACAUUUUUGAAAGUAAGCAAACAAAACAUAACUAUUUCGACCUUUCUAACAAAGCAAACAUUUCAUUUUUCAAUUCUGUCACUAUUAUUCACAUAGAGCUGGUGUUUAUAUAUACUACUCAUACAAUUAUGAGUAGUCAUUACCAUUAUUACUUAAAAUGUGAUGAUAGUAUUAUGCGUGCUGAUGCAUACACAGGGGGAAAAAACAACCGUUCACUAGGUGAAAAAAGAGGGGAAACAUUAUCCCCCUCCCACUUCCGAUGCUAUCACUCUUUUAUGUUAUGUUACUCUUCACUUUAUUUCUCACGCAUCCAUCACUUAACCCCAUUUGGUCACCUUCCUUUCUUGUUACUUCCUCAUCAUAUUCAGGUCAAGUUACCUUGACAUUUUGACUUUAUACAAGUUGUUUGAGUCUUUUUACAUUAUUUUUCGAUAAUGAAAAAAUAAUGUUGUUGCUGAGUUAUGUAGCCUACAGUGUAUAUUUUCUAUUAUUGUCGUCUUUAUUAUUAUUAUUAUUAUUAUUACUAUCCCUCUAAGCAGUAUCCGUAUGAAUGAAGUAACGUAACCCUCUGCAAUGUUGACUUUUACCGAGUCCCUAGUGUUUUUGAGUAAAAGCGCCUUUAUACUGGUUGUCUUUUUUUAAAAUGAAACGUUUCG